GGGGUUCCUAAGGCGCCGGCCUUGAGAGUAGCCUCUGGGACAGUGGCCGGGCAACGGCAGCUACAUCCGGGUCUCUCUCUCUCUCACUCUCCGGCUUGCCGUUGGACUCAUUUGAAAACCGCCAUCAGCCAAUCAGAGCCCAGAUAAUGCACUUGGUGCCUCUAUGAGGCUUUCCGGUGAUGGCAAGAAACCCCUUCUCUCUGUCUGUGAUAAGGACUGCAUCACUGAAAUUGCCUAGCAAGACAGGCCUGAGGAACUUCAACACCACUGAGGAGAGAAACACAGACUUGAUCAUGACUGACAGCAGUAUGCUAGUGUCUGACACCGGAAGGAGUCUCUUGGGAGAUUCUUCUGUUCUUGAUUCAAAAAUUAUAGAAACGUCCAAGGAAAAUAUAUUUAUUGGAUUGGCUUCAGAUGCUGAAGAGGAAAUGCCUCAGAUUGAAACCAGAGUGGUUUUAAUUCAGGAAGCUGGGAAACGUGAGGAACUCUUGAAAGCCUUGGAGACCAUUAAGAUAAUGGAAGUCCCAGUUAUAAAGAUAAAGGAAACUAGUCCUGGUAAAUCGGAAGAAAAGCUAAUAAAAAGUAUAAUUCAUAUGGAAAUUAAAGUGCCCUAUAUCAAGAUGGAGUCUGUGGAAGAGUUUGGGGAUUCUGAGUCUCCAGAAUUUGAGACAGUCUUCAUUGUAGCAGACUUUCAAGAUACCAUCUUGGAGAACUUGUACAAGUUUGACUGUCGUGUUCUUGGACCUCCAAUAGUACUUCAUUGUGCUCAAAAAGGAGAGCCUCUACCUUUCUCAUGUCGCCCAUUGUACUGUGCAAGUAUGUUGAAUCUGGUGCUGUGCUUUACAGGAUUCAGGAAGAAAGAAGAACUAGUUAAGCUUGUGACCUUGGUUCAUCAUAUGGGUGGAAUUAUUCGAAGGGACUUCAGUUCAAAAGUUACACAUCUGGUGGCUAAUUCUACGCAAGGAGACAAAUUCAGACUUGCUGUGAGUCUGGGAACUCCUAUUGUGAAAGCUGAGUGGAUUUACAAGGCUUGGGAGAGAAGGAAUGAAAUUGACUUCCGUGCGGCUGAUGAAGAAUUCAGAAAUGAGUUCAAGGUUCCCCCAUUCCAAGACUGCAUGUUAAGUUUCCUUGGAUUUUCCGAUGAAGAGAGAAUUAACAUGGAAGAAAUGACAAAAAUGCAAGGUGGGCAGUACUUGCCAGUUAGUGAUGACAGGUGCACACAUCUGGUUGUUGAAGAAAAUACAGUAAAAGAUCUCCCAUUUGAGCCUCCAAAAAAACUUUAUGUUGUAAAGCAAGAGUGGUUCUGGGGAAGCAUUCAGAUGGAUGCCAGAGCUGGAGAAUCCAUGUACUUAUUUGAAAAGCCAGAGAGUCCUGAACUCAAAAAGUCAGUGUCGCAACUUUCUCUGAAUACCCCAAAUAGCAAUCGCAAGAGACGUCGCUUGAGAGAGACCCUUGCACAGCUCACCAGAGAAACUGACAUGUCACCAUUCCCUCCUCGGAAACGCCAAUCAGCUGAGCAUUCCCUUUCUAUGGGGUCUUUGCUGGAUAUUUCUAAUACGCCAGAAUCCAUCAUUACCAAUGGAGAAACACCAAAAUCCUCUUCAAAGCCUUCCAAAAAUUCAACUCCUCUGCCUGCAAAGCAGUCUGCAAGAUGGCAGGUUGCAAAGGAACUGUAUCAGACAGAAAGUAAUUACGUAGAUAUUCUGACAACAAUUAUUCAGUUAUUUCAAGUUCCUUUGGAAAAAGAAGGGCAGCUUGGAGGACCUAUCCUUGCACAGGAGGAAAUUAAGACCAUAUUUGGCAGCAUUCCAGAUAUCCUUGAUGUGCACACUAAAAUAAAGGAAGACCUUGAAGGCCUUAUGAUAAACUGGGCUGAAAGCAAAAGUAUUGGUGAUGUCAUUCUUAAAUAUUCAAAAGACUUGUUGAAAACAUACCCUCCUUUUGUGAACUUCUUUGAAAUGAGCAAAGAAACUAUUAUGAAAUGUGAAAAACAGAAGCCACGGUUUCAUGCUUUCCUAAAGAUAAACCAAGCUAAACCAGAGUGUGGCCGUCAAAGUUUGGCUGAACUACUCAUUCGACCAGUUCAGCGCUUGCCUAGUGUUGCUUUACUUCUAAAUGACCUUAAGAAACAUACAGCAGAAGACAACCCAGACAAAGGCAUGCUAGAGAGAGCUAUUGAAUCAUUAAAGGAAGUGAUGACACACAUUAAUGAAGACAAAAGGAAAACAGAAGCACAAAGACUGAUCUUUGAUGUUGUGUACGAAGUUGAUGGAUGUCCAGCCAAUCUCUUGUCAUCUCAUCGAAGCUUAGUUCAGCGAUUGGAAACGGUUGCACUUGGCGAUGACCUCUGUGACAGAGGAGAACAGGUCACACUCUUUCUGUUUAGUGACUGUCUAGAGAUUGCAAGGAAACGGCACAAAGUUAUCAGUGCUUUCAAGAGCCCCCAUGGCCAGACCAGGCCCCCAGCAUCUCUCAAACACAUUGUUCUCAUGCCUCUCUCGCAGAUCAAGAAAGUGCUAGACAUCAGGGAGACAGAAGACUGCCACAAAGCUUUUGCCUUGGUUGUGCGGCCACCAACAGAACAGAACAACUUGUUGUUCAGUUUUCAGAUGACAACUGAGGAGCCUCCUAAAGAGGAUUGGCUGAAGAUGCUGUGUCGGCAUGUAGCGAAUACAAUUUGUAAAGCAGAUGCUGAAAACCUUAUUUACACUACUGAUCCUGAUUCAGUUGACAUAAAUACAAAAGAUGUGGACAGUACGUUGAGUAGGGCAUCCAGGGCAAUAAAGAAAACAUCAAAAAAGGUUACAAGAGCAUUUUCUUUCUCCAAAACACCAAAGAGAGCUCUUCGAAGGGCUUUAAUGGCACACAAUACAGUAGAAAGAAGGAGUCCCUGCUCAGCUAAUGAAAGUUACUUAGGCAGCCGCCUGACCAGUACAUCCUCAUUAGCAGGUAUCCCUUCUCCUUCCUUGGUCAACCUUCCCUCAGUGUUUGCAAAGAGGAGUCAUACCUUAAGUCGAUCAACAACCCACUUGAUAUGAAGUAGGCUUAAAAUGGACUCCUAUACUGUAAUGACUGACAAGCUACUGGCUGUUCAGAUGACCUAUUACUGACAUUAAUGGUACUUUAGUCAUAGCCACUUAGUUGCUUAACUUAGUUACCUAACAUUUUGCUAACUGGUAGGGACUCUUUGACUAGUACUGAAGCAGAUCACCUAAUCAACCAAACAAGUGAAAAACUUGAUCUAGGUUUAGAAAUAUUGUAUUCCUUUGCACAAUCCAUUUCCUCACCAGCAUAAUGUAAACACUGUCUUUCAACAAACUGUCUCCUUUAUGCAAUAAAUUGUUUUGGUGUUAAAUGCUGAAAUUAAGAAGUCUCUUACUUGAGUCAUUAACUGAAGAUCAUCAUCAUCCAGUGGAUCUAGAAGAGGCUACUUAACUUCAUCAAUAGGCUCUGUACUACUAAUAUUAAACGCUAAUGCAUGGACCAUUGACUAAACUGAAAUACUUUAAAUGGUGUAUCUUAAACUAUAACCGUUGGCCUGUUAUACAGCUGCUUUGUCUGGCUAUUUUAGAAGAUCUAGUUUAUUGGUGCAUGAGUGUACCUUUUUGAGUGGUCUACUGCAUAUGGUCCUUCGUACUUUCUAUGCAUCCUUUUCUAAUCCAAUACAUCCAAAUCCUGUGACUGGCUUAGCCGCCAAAAGUAACUGAUCUGCAAGCAAAUUAAAACUAACAUUUUUGGAUGUGGAAGUCCAAGGAAAAAAACAUCACUGUACUUAAAUUGUAUUUAUAGCCUUUGAAUUGAGACUAUUUUUAAAAAUAGUCUCCAAACCUUGUAUAACUACUUUUUUUAUAUAUAGCUUAUUCAUGCACAGGCUCCUCCAGUGCGAAGCUGAAAUUGUGGACCUGGUUUCAAUGUCUAACAGUAAUAUUUUUAUGUACAGGUUUUUGGUGUAUAAUUUCCAAAACUUUUUUCUACAUCUUCACUAUACUUAGUCUUUUUGUAUUUUUUUCUUUGCAAGCUGUACAUUUUAAAAUCAUGUUUUCAGUCUGUAUUAUCCAACCCUGUCUCAGGAAUUGUCCAAAUGUGUAUAUUUCUGCACUUAAUAACUUUGAACUAAUUGCCUGUGUGUCAUGCGUGGCAUUUCCAACUCUAAAGAUUCCCUUUAACUGCAAAAUGCUGCUUUUUCUGUUAUAUGUAAUUAGUGCUGCUUUUGAAGAUGUCAGAUGGCCUGUUACUUCUGUAUUUUUAAGAUAGGUUUUUUGCCAAUAUAAAUCAUGUAAAUAAACUGUUUAAAACAUU